CUUUGACCAAUAGGAAUGAAGAAACAACUCGGGAACAAUAUAAAAACUUCGCCAAGGGAGGAAACGCCUCUACUUCACUUUUGCACCAGAUUCAUUAAGGUCUCCAAGUGGAAACUAGCGGCGUCUUUUUAUAAUUUUUAUUUCUUUAAAGAAAAAAAUAACUACUCUGAAAAUAUGCGUGAGUGUAUCUCGGUGCACGUUGGCCAGGCUGGUGUCCAGAUUGGCAAUGCCUGCUGGGAACUCUACUGUCUGGAGCAUGGGAUCCAGCCUGAUGGGCAGAUGCCCAGUGACAAAACCAUUGGCAGAGGAGACGAUUCUUUCAAUACCUUCUUCAGUGAGACGGGAGCUGGAAAGCACGUUCCCAGAGCCGUGUUCGUUGACCUGGAGCCCACAGUGAUCGAUGAAGUGCGCUCUGGGAACUACCGGCAGCUGUUCCACCCUGAGCAGCUGAUCACUGGCAAGGAGGAUGCUGCCAACAACUACGCCCGUGGACACUACACCAUCGGUAAAGAAAUCAUCGACCUGGUUCUGGACAGGAUCCGCAAACUGGCGGACCAGUGCACUGGUCUUCAGGGCUUCCUGGUGUUUCACAGCUUCGGUGGAGGCACCGGCUCUGGCUUCACCUCUCUGCUGAUGGAACGUCUGUCUGUGGACUACGGCAAGAAGUCCAAGCUGGAGUUCUCCAUCUACCCUGCUCCCCAGGUGUCCACUGCUGUGGUGGAGAACCGGCUGAUCAGCCAGAUCGUGUCCUCCAUUACUGCUUCUCUUCGUUUUGAUGGUGCCCUCAAUGUAGAUCUGACAGAGUUCCAGACCAACUUGGUACCAUAUCCCCGAAUCCACUUCCCUCUGGCCACCUACGCCCCCGUCAUCUCUGCAGAGAAAGCUUAUCACGAGCAGCUUUCAGUCGCUGAGAUCACAAAUGCCUGCUUUGAACCAGCAAACCAGUUGGUCAAGUGUGAUCCUCGUCGAGGCAAGUACAUGGCCUGCUGCCUUCUGUAUCGUGGGGAUGUGGUACCCAAAGAUGUAAAUGCUGCCAUUGCCGCCAUAAAAACCAAGCGCUCCAUCCAGUUUGUAGAUUGGUGCCCCACUGGUUUCAAGGUGGGCAUCAACUACCAGCCUCCAACUGUAGUACCUGGUGGUGACCUGGCCAAGGUGCAGAGAGCCGUGUGCAUGCUCAGCAACACCACUGCUAUUGCAGAGGCCUGGGCUCGUCUGGAUCACAAGUUUGACCUGAUGUACGCCAAGCGCGCAUUUGUUCACUGGUAUGUGGGUGAAGGUAUGGAGGAGGGGGAGUUCUCUGAGGCCAGGGAGGACAUGGCAGCUCUGGAGAAGGAUUAUGAGGAGGUUGGAGCUGAUAGUUUGGAGGAGGACGAUGAGGGAGAAGAAUACUAAACAGGA